UUGGCUUAUAUGACAGAGCGAGAGCCCAUCAUAGUAACCUAACCUAACUUUUUCGCUGUAAACAAUGAAGAAAAGAGAUAAAACAUUAUGGUGUUCUGCUGUAUUUGCGGCGUACGUUUGAGACAUCAGUCGGACGGAAUCCGAUUUCAUAGAUUACCAAAGAAUACAAUAAAAAGAAAACAAUGGCUGACAGUGAUCGAAGAGAAAAUAAAACAAUUUUCAUAUACCGAAAAUUCGGUUAUAUGCAGCCAACAUUUUGCAAAAGAGUGCUAUGUCAUAACAGGUUGUGGUAAAUUCUAUUUAAAAUCAGGCACAAUACCAACUAUAUUUGAUAUGCCAUUAAGAAAUGGAUGUAACAGCAUCCAAAUGGAACAGCAGCUGCAGCAGCAAUAUAUAUGUGAUACAGAUGAAGAUAUUAAAGAAGAAUUAUGUGAGAAGAGUAUUAAUGAACAAUAUUCAGAAUUUGUGGAACAAGUUUUACCAGGGACAAAUAUGCAGCUGGAUGCGAAGAACAUGAAUGUAGAAGAAACACAUGAAUCUAUUCCAAAAGUACAACGAAUGACGAAGUUUGGUUCCAUUGACAGUACAAAUUUGGAUAUAUGCAAUUCAUACAAAGAUCCAUUAUACCAUUUGAAAAUAAAGGAAAAAGAAAUAAAAAGGUUGAAAAGUAAAUUAAAAUUGUAUCAGCAAAAAUGUAGAAGAUUGAACAAAAAAGUACUAUCAUUGAAGUCGCUUAUUAAGCAUUUAGAAAAUAAGAAAUUAUCUGAGGACACUAUUGAGUUGUUACAAGUAAGCACUGGUUGACAGAUAAAUGCUUAAUACAUGUGGUACAAACAAUAUAACAGUAUUCACAGCAGUAUAGUAUGUAUAGCACAGGAAAUAAAAUGCACUUUGUCAAGAAAGCACGUGUUCAUGUUAUUAAUAUCGAAAUGCAUGUAAUAGUCUAACAUUUCACAACCGAAAGAGAAAUAUUAAGAAAGCAACUUGAAAAAAGGAACAUUUUUGGACACAACAAAAAUGUUGUUGCAGCAACGUUAAUUAUGUUUAAAAACAAAACUCGUCAUGAAGCGCCAUCGAGAUAUCGAACAAAUUGAAAUUUUCUUGUAAUCGAUCAUAACUUCGAUCAUAGAUAAAUUUAAAACUCAAUUUUUUUAAACCCACGAAUAUAUAGGAUGUACUAAUAAUUCAAUAAUUUGCACAUACAAGACGAAGAUUUACCAGAGUAAAGAAUAACUCGUCUUUAUUCGUAAAUAUUUCGCUGCAAAUGAUUAUUUCCAAAGGCCUAGCUUGUGUUGUGCCGUGCGUCGCUAUGGUUAAAUUGAUCGUCGCAGGCGAAUAUCGUCACAUCUAUAUUUUCACCCAGUAUUCCAUUCAAGAGCAGUGUCAAUUGCUUGCUGUACGCGUUAAUUAACAAGUGAUUACAGUCUGACGAUCUGUGGCGAUUUCAUUUCGGAGGAACAAUUCAAAAUUUACUAAUUCUCGCGAUGACAUUAGCGCUCAUGAGGAUAGAUUACACGACGGUAGGAGUUACCUCACGUGGCACAACUGUGAUAUUCCCUCACCAGGAAGCGAAGCAACCGCAAAAGUUCGCCGUUGCAGAUCACGAUGGUAUACUGCACAUCUACGGCAUGAAAAAGGGAGAGCUGCAGUUGUCGUUUAAAUCCCUGCCCGGCCCAAAAAUCCACAAAAUGGUGCUCGGUGGUUCGAUAGGUAUGUUGAGGGAUAAGGUUUUCAUUGCGUACGGCAGCUCCGUAAAGGGAUUCACGAAAAAGGGCAAGCUGUUCUUAGAGUUUGACACCAGCCUUAUAGAUCCGAUUUCCGCGCUGUAUGUCUAUGGUGCGGAUCUCGCAGCAUGCGCGCGCGAUCUCUAUCACAGAUAUAGAGACUGCAAAGACGCUGACUCGUACUUGGCCGGGGAGAUGUUGCACGACGUCGUGCUCUUGCCUGGAGAAUACAGUGCGGUAUACGCUAUUCUAGCUUGCGCGGAUAGCGCGGUGCGCGUCUUGCACGGUACGAAAAGCCCGACGGUUCUGAGAUUGCCAAGUGUUCCUACGGUGCUCUCUAUAUACAGAGAAGGAGAUAUACAGUCAAAGGACCGCGUUCUCGUUGGCACCGCAGACGGUAGGAUCGGACUAUUGAUCCUUCAGGGCAAUAAAACGCUCCGAAUCACUUGGCUGUUGACUUCGACGGGCUCGGGAAUUACUUCAUUGGAUACCUACGAGUUGCAAGACGGCAUGGAUAUUCUCGUGGGUCGGCAAGACGGAGUGAUCGAGGUGUACACAUUUCCCGAGGAAGAUGUGCCUUCUACUCUGCGCUACCAUUAUAACGCCGGGGAGAGUAUCAGCACAGUCGUGGGCGGGAUAAUAGGCGUCGCUAAUUAUGCCGAGAUUCUCGUUACGACUUAUUCGGGCCGGAUAUUCGGAUUGACCACUAGCCCUCCUGGGCUGCUGGAAGCGGGACAGAGUGAAGCUGAACUGGUUAGGCUGAAACUGGAGAUUCAGCAACUGCACGAGAGACUUGCCGAAGAGAAGGAAACGUCCAAUUACAUGCCAGACCCCUUGGCACCUCUAAUACUAGCAGUGAAUCACAAAAUGGUGUUACACAAGGAGGACGCUUCGUACUCAUUGUCCAUAGAGCUAGACGCGUCGAUUGAUAAUAUUCUGAUACAGUCGGACACUCCUAUCGACCUGUUGGACACUGAGAACAAUAGCGCAGUGAUCAGUCUAUCUGCUUGCAAUCCCAAAGAUGGCAAUUUCGUCCUCGCUACUUAUCGAUGUCAGAUCAACACGAAUCGUCUUGAGAUGCGAUUGAGAUCUAUUGAAGGCCAGCCGGGUACUCUGCAAAUUUACGUGACGUCCCAGGUACAGCCAAAACGUUGCCGCAAGAUCUUAGUUCCCAUAUACGCCCUGUCUCUGCAUGUCAGACAACACGACGACGACAACACCACGCAGUCCAAUGGUCCGUUCAACGAAUUAAAGUUAAAUGGUAACUUUACGAUCGCCGAGAUGCAUGCGUGGCUUUCUUUAGCAUUACCGGACGUACCCGAGAGACCUCACAUUCACGACGGUGAAGCUGUAUUGGUCUAUGUCUCGUCCUUCAUCGGAACGGUCCUGAAAUGCAAGUAUAAGAAAGGAAGCGCGCUUUUCCUCGGCGAAAAUAUAUCCACCAUCAUAAUUCUCAGAGACAUAUUGACCAAGGAGGCGACGAAACGUAAAAUUAAGUUGGACGUAUUUUGCGAGGUAGCGGAGGGAAGCGUAUCCAGAGUACUGGAGCUGAUUCUCCCGCGGUUAAUCGCAGCCCACGAAUUAACCCAGAAGAUAAAGAUUCUGGACGCUCUCGAUGAGUGGGAACUAAAGUCCAACCCGAAGGAGAAUUUGUGCUCUGAGUAUCAAGAAUUAUUACAAAAGGAGACGGAGACAAAGUCGUUUAUAGCGAAGGACACAGAAAUUCUGAACAGAUUAAACGCGAUAAUCACCGAUUUGUACGUGGAUUGGGAACGGGCGAAGCGAUCUCGAAGGAUCAGUGGCAAAGAGGCUACGAUGAAGCUCCAAGAUGCACUCGAAUCCAAAAACCUGACCACAAUCUUGCAAGUUUUCAUUGGUAAAAAUGAUACAACCAUGCCGACCUUAAUACCUGCGGCAAUUUAGAGCAUUCGGAAAUUGGUAAAAAGUGGACCAAUGUAUUUCUAUAAACAUGUUCAAGUAGAAAAUAUAUUUUUUUAACGACGAUUCACAAUAUAAAUCGUUAAAUUGUCUACACUUAAAAAUGUACAGUCGUGGUUAGUAUUAUAAUUACAGUAUAAUGCGUAUAUGUGUAUAUAUAUAUAUAUGUGUGUGUGUGUGUGUGUGUGUGUGUGUGUGCGCGCGGCGCGUGUGUACGUGUGUGUGUGUGUGUACGUGUGUAUAUACGUAUGUAUAUGUAUAUACAGGGUAUCUCAGAUCUGCAUAUCUAAACUGAAAAAAAAUGAAUACGCCAAAACAGGAAACUUUUCUAUUUGGUACUUUGGUACUUUGGUCGAGUCUCAAAAAUCAAAUUCAGUUAAUCUCUUCAAAUCUCUUUCAAAAUAUCAUGGAUCAAUGUAGCGUCGUGUUGCUGCAUCUCAGAACCUACGACGAAACAAUUUUUAUAAAACUAACACGUUGUUAAAAUAAAUGUUUCAAAACGUAUUUCUUUUUGUUUAAAUAAGUAUUUUUAUGUUUUUAAUACCUGAAUUUGGUAAAACCAAAUAUUUGGUAAGAACAGUAAUAUCUCAUUUUUAUUCUAUUUUAAAUUGAGGAAGCGGUAUAUUUUAGAUUUGCCUAAAGUACCAAAAAGAAAAGUUUCCUGUUUUGGCGUGCUGAAUUCACUCUUUUAGUUUAGACUUGGAGACACUCUGUAUAUAGUCAGUGGCACAAGAAUAUUUUUCUUACAAACGCUAUUUUUCUUAGAAUACAAAGUUUUUUUUCAGAAUUGUGAACACAGUUUUAAUGUACAUUAUACGCACUAAAACGCGUUUAUCUAGUGUGGCGUUCAGUCUCUUCCAUUAUUGAGCAUUAUGUCUUGGCAGCGUCGAGGCAUAUUCUCAACGAGAUUUUCCGGAAUGGACACGUGAAAACGUCAUUACUACAAUAGAUUGGCUCUCACAAUCUCCCGACACUAAUCCCAUUGAAAACAUGUGGGCAACCAUGAAAAUGAAGCUUCGGGGAAAACGAGUUCACUUUGAAACAAUUGUCGUAUCAGCUUCGCACAAUAUAAAAAUCAUUACCUAGAUAUUAGCAGAAAAUCUUGUUGAAAGCAUGUUUUGACGCUGCUAAAGUAUACUUAACAACAGUGGCGUAGCCAAGGGAGGGAGACUAAGGGGGCUGCAGCCCCCCCUCCGAAAUUAAUUUUCUGGGUUACGCUAAUAUGUUCGACUAGCUCUGGGUUAUUCAGCCUACGUUUAUUGGUCGAACAAAUAUAAGCUUUAUGAUUGGCUAGAGACUUAUGACAUUA